AUGGCACCCAAUUUGAAGGUCAUCGUCCUCUUAGGCCUUUGCUCAACGGCAUCAGCUUCAAAGCCGAAAGAUCUCCCCGGUGCAGCAUCCUUCGUCGUCCCUACAGCUUUCCCAACUUCUGUUUUCUCCAGCUACUAUGUCAAGCCAGCACCCACCGUCGAGCCGCAACCUGCUCUAUUCGAUUCAAUUCUCAACAUCACCUACCCACUGAAUCUCACGGAUCCAACAACUGUUCAGACCGUGAACGAGGAUCCAGUCUUCUACCCUCCCGGUAUUGCAAACAUCACCAACGCCACCGCCGAAUCUCUCGUGGAGUUUGCUUUAGCCGAGAUCAAAGGCAUCAUCUAUGACGAUGGAGGCCUUUCAGGGAACUGUUCAAAAUGUAUCGCUGCACUUAGUGUGGGCAAGUUCCUGGCCCAAUCCGCACCGACGUUCGUGCCAGCUGCUAUGAUCUCGCUGUGUCAGGCUACAGGUUUCCAGUCUAACAUGACCUGCAAAAUAAACUACUCGCCAGGUGGCUUUGGAGCUAUUUGGACCCAGGUCCUUGCGCUGGCGGACGUGACGGGUCUUGACGGUCGAUAUAUCUGCAAUUCUCUUAGCUCUAAUUUCUGUCCGACGCCUGCUACGAGUCCUCUGAAUACGACGAACUUGUUUCCUAAACCUAAACCCGAAAAUGCGAAGGCGCCAAAGGCGAGUGGGAAGCGGGUCAAGGUCUUGCAUCUGUCGGAUUUCCAUCUUGAUCCGAGAUAUCAAGUUGCCUCGGAAGCAAAUUGUACUUCUGGGUUGUGCUGUAGAUACUCUUCGGCUCCGACUUCACAGGCUGUGUUCCCUGCACCUCUUUACGGAGCUUACAAGUGCGACACCCCAUACUAUCUGGGUCUUGCUGCGUUACAGUCCAUUGCUUCCUUGACUGGUACGGGAACUAAAUACGCCAGUCCAGCAUGGACGCUCUACACUGGUGAUCUCGUAUCUCACGACACUCAGAACCAGCUGUCUCGAGAGUAUGUCGAGUACACGGAGACAAGCAUCUACGAUAUGUUCAAAUCGUACAUCAAAGGUCCCGUCUUCGCUGUUCUUGGUAAUCAUGAUUCCAAUCCUGAGAAUAUCGAUGGGCCUCAUAGUCUUCCGGGACCUUUGGGCAAGCAGUUCAGCUGGAACUAUGAUCAUGUGUCGGCGCUAUGGAAGAAUACUGGGUGGAUUGAUGAAGCAACGGCAGAGCAGGCUGCAAUCCACUACGCAGCUUAUUCUGUCAAGAAUCACUACGGUCUCCGCAUUAUCACGCUUAAUACUGACUUCUGGUAUCGGACUAAUUACCUCAACUUCAUCAAUACCACCAAUCCGGACGUCUCUGGGACAUUCAGUUUCAUGAUCAAGGAGCUUCAAGCUGCUGAAGAUGCCGGGGAACGAGUGUGGAUAAUCGGUCAUGUUUUGAGUGGCUGGGAUGGAACGAAUCCACUCCCAAAUCCGACAAACUUGUUCUACCAGAUUGUCGACCGAUACUCGCCUCAUGUCAUUGCCAAUGUUUUCUGGGGCCACACGCAUGAGGAUCAAGCUAUCAUCUACUACGCCAACAAUGGCACUGUUCGAGAUGCCGCAAAUGCUUUGACUACUGGUUGGAUUGGUCCGUCAGUCACACCUCUCACCAACCUGAACUCAGGAUACAGGAUGUAUGAAGUUGACACUGGAUCCUUCGAUAUUUACGACGCCUAUACGUUCUAUUCGGCCGUCAAUUCAUACUCAACUCUCAACUCCACAGGCCCUACAUACAAAUUCGAAUACUCAACUCGAGAAGCCUACGCCAGUGCCGUGGGAUGGCCAAAAUCCGCACCACUCAACGCAACCUUCUGGCACGGUCUCACAGUCGCUAUGGAAUCAAAUCGAAGUUUGAUAGAAAUUUUCAACACUUAUCAAGGAAAGUCGAGUAUUAAGAGUCCCAACUGUACGAGCGAUGCUUGUGCUGCGGCGAAGGUUUGCUACAUGCGAUCUGGUAGUUCUGCACUGGGGAGAGCUUGUCCGCAAGGAUUUGCUUCUGUCCAAAGUCCAUAUACUGGGAAGAACUUCUGA